AUGAAGAUGGAUUCAUUCUUUUUUGGAUCUUUUUUGACCAAUAAUUCAGAUCCGAGGGCACCUGAUUUUAGAAAGCCUACCACAAGAGUAGCUACAACUCAGCUUCUCGUAGCAUCUUUACUAGGUUUUUUUGCUUUUCUCUCUUUCUCAGUGUUACUCAAGAAGUUUCCUAGACUUUACGCAAGUCGAAAGUAUAAAAUUGGUAAUUUACCAACAUGGGAUGAGACUAAACUUUUCAGUUGGAUUGGAGUAUUAUACAAGAUAGAUGAUAGUCAUGUUCUAGAGUUUUCUGGGUUGGACGCCUUUGUGUUCUUGGGGUUUUUUAAGAUGUGCAUAAAGCUUCUUUCGAUAUAUUGUGUGAUAUCAAUGACUGUCAUAUCACCAAUCCGAUAUCAUUAUACUGGUAAAUACGAUGAUGGGAAUGAUGAAGGAGUAAUAUACAAGCGUAUUUUUUCAAGAAAGUCUAGCGAAUUUGAUGAACCUAACAAUAGCCCUGAAACAGCAGAAAUGUAUCUUUGGAUGUAUGUUAUCUUCACUUUCUUUUUCACUUUUCUUGCUCUCUAUAUGUUGGUAAAACAAACGAAGAUGGUUGUUAACACCAGACAAAAAUACUUAGGGAGGCAGAAUACAGUUACUGAUAGAACCAUUAGGAUAACAGGGAUACCCAUCCAGCUUCGAGAUGAAAAAGAAUUAAAAAAAAAAAUUGAAGACCUAAAAAUAGGUAAAGUUUCUUCCGUUACCAUAUGUCGCGAAUGGGGUUCUUUAAAUAAUUUGUUUCAUUAUAGGAAAAUGAUAUUGAAGCAGUUAGAGUUGAAAAUAAGUGAAUGUCCAUACGAGUUCCGGAAUGCAAUUUACAAUGAUGAGCACUAUACUUUGGGAAGACAAAGAAAUGAUAUUGAAAAUGGUAUGGAAACUCAAAAUGUAGACAACCAAACAGAAGUUAUUUCAAAUUCAGAGCCUGACAAUAACGAACUUUUUGGGGAAAUUCAACUCAAUAAAAGACCAGUUAUCCGGACAGGGUUGUGGGGCUUGUUUGGUGAGAAAGUAGAUGCCAUAAAAUACUUACAACAACAGCUUGAAUUUAUUGAUGAAGAAAUAAAAGAAGCUCGUAGAAAAAACUACUCGCCAACACCAACAGCUUUUGUGACAAUGGACUCUGUAGCAAAUGCACAAAUGGCAGCACAAACGGUCUUGGAUCCACGGGUUCUAUAUUUGAUAACCCGGUUGGCUCCGGCACCUCACGAUAUUAACUGGGAUAAUAUUUCUUUGUCUAGACGUGAAAGGUUAUUCAAAGUCUACUCUGUUACUGUAUUCAUCGGAAUUUGUAGCGCGUUUUUGGUUAUUCCAGUGUCGUACCUUGCAACUUUAUUAAAUCUUAAAACAAUCUCGAAAUUUUGGCCAAGUUUGGGUGAAUUCUUGAAAAACAAUGACUGGGCUCAGAAUGUGGUUACAGGUCUAUUACCAACAUAUAUUUUCACUCUAUUCAAUGUUGUGAUCCCAUAUUUCUAUGAGUUUCUGACUAAAAGGCAAGGACUAUUAUCAUAUAGUGAUGAGGAGUUAUCCCUUGUCUCUAAGAAUUUCUUUUAUAUUCUUGUCAAUUUGUUUUUGGUUUUCACUUUGGCAGGUACAGCAUCAAAUUAUUGGGGUUACUUAAGUGAUACUACGAAAAUUGCGUAUCAGCUUGCAACAUCAGUCAAAGAAUUCUCCCUGUUUUAUGUGGAUUUGAUUAUUUUUCAAGGUAUAGGUAUGUUUCCUUUCAAAUUACUAUUGGUAGGAAGUUUGAUUGGCUUUCCAUUUGUGAAAAUCCAAAGCAAGACACCAAGACAAAGAAAAGAGCUUUACAAUCCACCUGUUUUUAAUUUUGGCUUACAAUUGCCACAAUCCAUUUUGAUCUUCAUAAUUACAUUAAUUUACAGUGUUAUGAGCACCAAAAUUUUGGCAUCAGGUUUGGCAUACUUUAUCAUUGGUUACUAUGUUUAUAAAUAUCAACUUAUUUUUGCGAUGGAUCAUUUACCUCACUCGACAGGAAAAGUGUGGCCUUUAGUUUAUAGGAGGGUCAUAUUAGGCCUUCUUCUCUUUCAAUUGACUAUGGCCGGUACCUUGGCUGGUUUCCAAGGAGGUUGGGUUUUAUCAUCGUGCCUAUUCCCAUUACCUCUUAUUACGUUAAGCUUCUGGAUUGAUUUCGAAAGAAAUUAUCUCCCAUUGUCCAAGUUCAUUGCUCUAAGUUCAAUAAGAGAACAUGAAAGAGAUAAUUCAAUGGUUUGUAGCACUAAUGAUGUCGAGUCAUACGAGUACCCAUUAUUAGUGGCUCCUUUAGAAGGGCCAAUGAUGGAAUGA